CGAUUGGAGGCGGCCCUCACACGCCUCUCUUCGCUGCUGCACUUCCCAUCUCUCCUUUCCCUUGCUCUCCUAUCUUCUUGAACGCCAUCAAUACAUCAACACCUCAAGAUGGCUGCUCCUCCUGUACAGCCUGCUCCUGAAGAGGAAGACGAAUACGAGUCCGACGAAUAUGAUGUCGAAGAUGAUGGUGAAGGAGAUGCUGAUUUCAAGGACGCCCAAGAUGAUGAGGACGAGGACGAAGACGAGUCCGGCGAUGAAGAAGAGAGUAGUCAACAGAACCUCACAGCGCUCCUCGUAGCAGUAUAUCGCUUCCCGAUCAUCCAGGCUUCUUAUCCGAUCGCUGAUUUUCAUUCCUAGGACCCAAAUUCAUCUGCUCAAGCUGUUGAUGAGGAAGAAGAUGAAAUAUAUGCGCCACCCGGCGAAACAAAACCCGCUGGCGAUGUCAUUGAUGGCAACACACGUGCUGAAGCUGCCGGAAAACCGCCUCUGGUCGAGGACCUGCCAAUUGAUAAGGUAGCAGACCGGAUUAAGACAUCAGCGCCCGCGGCGGGUAUAAAACGGAAAACGUCCGGCGACGAGGACGACGAGGACGACGAAGGGGAAGAAGAUCCAGAGGCAAAGAAAUUAAAAGCCUAAACACGGCUAGGAUUUUCGCAGUCCACAAGAGGCUCUCUUCGUUCGUCUCUGCUUAAUAUACAACUCUGCAAUGCUUUGAAUCAUAUUUAUUCUGUAUCUGUUUCCGCGAUGUACGAUUUCGCUUAGCUAUCUUAAUGUAUUGUCCUACUAUAAAA